AUGGCGCACCCGGGCAACGCGGGCACCAGUCGCCAGGAGUACACCAUCCGCAUGGCGUCAAGUUUCGAUCUGCAGAGAGAGAAAAUGUUCAUUGGGAAUUUCCCGCUGGGUAUUCCAAAUUUUCGUGACAAGAGUGAGCGGCAGUGGAACAUGUACAAGGAAAAGGCUGAGAGCACCAGCAAGCCCAAGGAUGCUGGUGAAGCAGCUUGGCUCCUGGAAGACAGGCCUGGGCAUGUCUCGCAUCGUGGAGUGCAAGCUAACCCUACCACCAUGUCUGGCUAUUUCAUUCUCACCAGAAGUGGUAACGAAUUCCUUGCCCACCCAAUCUCUGAGUGGUACAAUUUUAGGCCAGUGGUGCAGCAUGAGGUGCUCUCCCUUGAGGAAGCUGAGGAGCUCAUGAAGAAAAAACAGAAGCCGCGGAUCUCCCGGGCUGUGUCUGAGAGGCUUCGACACAUCGCACAGAAGCAGGAGCCAACUGAUUCUCAGGAGGACGGGACACAGCGCCUGGGCUUGGACAGUGACGAUUCUGUGUCUGACGGGACUGAAAAGAGUAGAAAGAGGCCGCACCAUGCAAGUGAGCCUCAGGGAGAUCAUCAGCUGUCAGACAGCGAGCCAGAGGUCCUGUCUGACAACAAGGACGGCGAGAAACUCCGUCCAGCCAAUGUGGAGGACUGGGAGUUCGAGGAAGAUUAUGAUGAUGACGACGUCGCCAUGGGCGAGCUGGAUGCCGACAACGACGAGGCUGAACAGGAAUACCGUCGAUUCGUGGGGAGCGACUCAGACGAAGAGGCGGAAGAAUUGAAUGAGUCGGGAAAAAUGCUGAAGAAGUUGCUGAAGAAGACCGGGCUUGACGAGAGCGAUUCGGAGGGAGAGGCUGAUGACGCAUACGAGGGCGCCAGGUCAUUUGCUUGGAUUGUUGAUCGUGCGGAGCAUUUCGGACAGAAGAACGAGGAGCACGUUUGCCGCGUUGAGAACAAGCCUGCUCCCAUUUGUUUUACCCCAUGGUGGCCCGGUGUUGGUUCUUCAUUACAUUCCCAAGUGGAAACAGUUUGCUUUCGCCCUGAACUCUGA